AUGCAAAUAAAGUUAUCCUUUUUUGAUGAUGCCAAAAUCUCGAGGUCAUUUUGGGAGAAAACUACCUUUUAAGUGGAAGAAGAAUUGGUUGAUUUUCAAUCUGCCCUUUUUGAAAAAAGCAAAACAACUGGUUUUUGGAUUAGCAAAAAUUAUAUCAUCUAUAAUAGCAAAUUAAUGAAGUUGAGGCCAAAUAAGGCAUACAUUUACCAUGUUGAUUUAAGUUUAUCAAGAAUAGAGAGAAUUAAAUAUAAAAAUGAUUAGGAAGGUGAUGCUUGCCAUAAAAAAAAAUAUGGUAUACGCAUAAUUCGAAAUCAAAAAUUCAAAGAACUUUAUUCUAUAUCAAAAGAACUAAACUAAUAGAUUUGGGAAUUUCUCAAAAAGUAAUGUAUUAAACGUUCCUUCAAAGAAAAGUAUGUUAUAGAGAAGCUUAUAGGAAAAGGGAAUUUCGCAAAGGUGUAUCUUUGUACCAAAAAGUAGGAUAAAUAAUAAUUAGCAGUUAAGGCUUUUGAAAAAUGUAAUAUGAAUAAAGACACUGAUAAGCAAGCCUUGAUUAAAGAAAUUUAGAUUAUGAGGAAGCUGAAUUACAAAGGAUUGAUAAAAAUGCAUGAAGUGUUUGAAGAUGACGCUCAUGUCUUAUUAAUUUAAGAUUAUCUAUAAGGAGGGGAAUUGUAAAAACAGAUAGAGCAGAAUCAAAAACACUCAGAAUAAAUAGUAGCGAGCAUUUUGGCCACUUUAUUGGAUUCUUUAGAUUAUUUACACAAACAGAACAUUCUACAUAGAGAUCUAAAACCUGAAAAUAUGAUAUUGCGGAAAAAUGGAGUUUUAGAAGAUGUUGUUAUAGCUGAUUUCGGAUUGGCUGAUUUUUAUGAUCCGUUGGGUAAUUAUAUGUUUCAAAGAUGCGGAACUCCUGGAUUCGUAGCUCCAGAAAUUUUGCAAGAUAAACUUUAUGAUACUAAGGUAGACAUUUUUAGUGUUGGGUGUUUGAUGUUCCUUUUGAUUUCUGGCAAAUCUCCUUUUAAGGGUAAGACUUACAAUGAAGUUGUAAUGAGAAAUUUUCAUUGCAAGGUUGAUUACUGUUCUAUUGAAAAUAUCAUAAGCAAAGUAGGAUUUUCAUUAUUGAAACUUUUACUUCAUCCUCGACCAUCUCAGAGGCCUUAGCCAAGGGAUGCCUUGAGACAUGAAUGGUAUAUGAUAAAUUUGGAUAGAAUUAGAUAUUCAGAACUAAAUAAAUCAGAAGAAUAAUAUUUAGAUACUAAAGGUACUAUUAAAUCAAGUAAUACAGAUGCAGGUAGUUGUGGAUUUAUGAAGAAUUUUAUUGGUCCUUCAACCUAAAUUAAACCAUGGUUUAUGACUCCUCAGUUACAUCAUGUUGGAUAGAAGAAGUAGGAUAAUUUGUUAUUGACUCCACAAAUUACAAUGAUGCAAUAAAUUUAAGAGUAAUUUAAUGAUAGUGAAGAAAAUAUUUCAAUCAAGAAUUUAGAUGAUGAUCUUACAGAUGUGAUAUUCGAUGAUGACUAACCUUAAUCUUACAGAUUACCUUAAUAUCUCUUAGUUAGUAAAUUGAAGUAGGCUGUUGAUUCAAAUAAUUCUUCUUAAUUUGCAUCUCCUAUAGUUAAAAGAACUCCAGAAAUUAUUAUGAAGGAUAUUAAUCCUAAAGUUAUGAGUAUCAAAGAAAAAAUAUAUGAAUAGUAGACUUUACCUAAAAUUGCAGUCGUUGUAAAGAAUAAUUUUAAAAAUCUUGAGUAAAUUUGA